GGUUAGUUGUUUCGCAGCCGCCGCUGGGCACGAGACGAGGCCAGGCGGCACGUUCUUGGUGGCGUACUGAGACGCACUCUCUCCAACUUGCGCGUGGGAAAAGGGAAAGCCCUGUUCGCUCUCCUUCGUCGUGCCAUUCCUUUCCAUCUUCACAGGACCGUUGCUGGCGUCCAUUACAAUUCACUCCUCUACCACCUCCCUUGGUGGACUUGGCUUCUCUUUGGCUUUUGUUGGGCUUCUCUUUCUGUGUGAGAGCGAGGGGAGGAUCAGCUUUCUGCCAACAUGAGCAGGUCAGGCCAGCCCCCGGAUCUGAAGAAGUACAUGGACAAGAAGCUGAACAUCAAACUCAAUGCCAACCGGACAGUGGUUGGCGUCCUCAGGGGCUUUGAUCAGUUCAUGAAUCUUGUCGUUGACAGUACCAUAGAGGUUGUUGGCAAUGAGAGGAACGAGAUCGGUAUGGUGGUCAUACGCGGUAACAGUGUCGUGAUGAUCGAAGCUUUGGAGAAGAUUGGCUCUCUGGGUUGUGUUUUGUCAGGAGAUUACGCGUCAGGAAGGGAAGAGCAGCGAAGCUCAGGGUGCGAGGUAGUCUGGGUUGUGCUUUGUGAGGGAGUUCUGUUUUUUGUGCAAUACGUAAAGAAUUUCAAGAUGGUUGCGACGAUUGAAGAUUUGCGGGCACAGAGGAAGCUGCUGCCUAUUUCUUGUGCAGAAGGGAGGAUCGUAGAAGAGUUGAAGAAGCACGAUAUGCUGAUUAUUGUCGGAAAAACGGGGAGCGGGAAGACGACCCAAGUUCCUCAGUUCCUUCUCUCUGCAGGUUUCGGCCGCUCCGGACGGAUGAUAGGCGUGACGCAGCCGAGGCGAGUUGUUGCCAUUUCGGUUGCGUCUCGUGUCGCGGCUGAGAUGGGUGUACAUGUAGGGGGUAAGGUCGGUUAUUCCAUUCGUUUCGAGGACGUAACGUCGCCAGCCACGGCGAUGAAGUAUUUGACUGACGGCAUGCUUCUGAGGGAGAUUUUGUUGGAUCGCAGUCUUUCCAAGUACUCUGUCAUCAUCGUCGACGAAGCCCACGAGCGGACGGUCAAUACCGAUGUGCUCUUUGGGCUGUUGAAGAAGCUGAUGAUGGAGCAAAGCUCCUUGCCUGGUUCGGGGGAAAGAGGGGAGGGUAAUGCAGCAGCAGCAGUAAACUCGGCGGCGGCGGCGGCGGCGGGCAAGGACAAGGACAAAAAAAUGGCCGCUAGAGGAGAGGGGAGGGUGUUGUGCGAGGGAGACCUGGGGAGGAAGGGCGACGAGGAGGGAGAGGAGAGGAACACGCAGAAGAAAGCGAAGAAGAAUAAGAAGUGGAAGGGCGAAGAGGAGGGAGAUGAGAAGGGAGAAGGAGAGAAAAGGAACACGCAGAAGGAAGCUAAGACGAAAAAGUUAAAGCGGGAAGAGGAGGAAAAGGAGGAGAUGAAGGGAGGUAAAGAGUUCUUCCCCGGUGCAAGGAUUCUCCACGUGGAGGGAAGGCAGCGUCCUGUGGAGACCCUGUAUUCCUCCAAGCCGAUGGAAGAUUACUUGGACGCGGCGAUGGUCACGGCGAUGCAGGUUCACCUUCGCGAGGCUCCAGGCGACGUCUUGGUUUUCUUGACCGGUCAAGAGGAGAUCGAGUCGUUGGAGAGGACGCUGAAGGAGAAGGCCCGCUCGAUGGCCGAGCUACGGAACAUGGUCGUUGUGUCCAUGUAUGCCGCCAUGCCAAGCGUGCAACAGAUGCGAGUUUUCGAUCCGGUCCCAGCUGGACAUCGAAAGGUUGUUCUGGCGACCAACAUCGCCGAGACGUCCCUAACCAUCCCGUGGAUUCGCUACGUGAUCGACCCUGGGCUGGCGAAAGCUCGAGCAUACGAUCCGAAGGUGGGCGUGGAAUCGUUGAUCGUUGUGCCUGUGUCCAAGGCGCAAGCAAGGCAGCGGGCAGGACGAGCGGGGCGCGAGGCCCCUGGCAAGUGUUACCGCCUCUACGUGGAGGAGGAUUUCUCUCAGCUGGAAGACUCCACAGUUCCGGAGAUCCGACGGUGCAGCUUGGCGAGCGUCAUCUUGCAGCUGAAAGCCCUCGGGAUCGACGACGUCUUAGGGUUCGACUUGAUGGAUAAACCCCCGCGGGCGGCGAUCGUGCGGUCGUUGGAACAGCUCUAUGUUCUAGGCGCCCUCACGAACGAAGGCCGGCUGUCCCAUCCUAUCGGCCAGCAGAUGUCGCAGUUGCCUCUGGAGCCGCUGUACACCAAGGCAAUCCUGACGGCGGCUAAUCACCGCUGCAUUGAGGAGAUGAUAACCGCAGUGGCGAUGCUGUCGGUCGAUUCCAUCUUCUACAGUCCCAAGGAGAAGCAGGCGCAGGCGCUGGCGGCGAAGAGGUGAUCCUUCGUCGAAGAGGCUUGUCGGCGCUGUGAAGGUGGUCAAGGUCAAGAUCAAGAUCUCGGUAGUAAUCAGGAUGAGAAUCGGGAUCGGGAUCGGGAUCGGGAUCGGGGUUUUGAGAAACAGAAUAGUGAAGAGGAGGAGGAAGAGGACGGGGAGGGGAGGAAGAAGAGCAGGACUCGCAAGGGUGGACGGCGAGAUCGUGCUCAUCUUCCCACCUCUCGCGUUGACGUGGAUGUGGGAGGGGCAGGAGGAGGAGGAGGAGGAGAAAUGAGUGCAGUGCCGCAUAAACAGCAGCAGCAGCAGCAGCGGUCCGGUAAGCGCAAGCGGAGCAAAGGUGCUGAAGAGGCCAUAGUGACUUGGUGCCGUCAGCACUUCGUGCAUGCUAGGGCACUGCGUAAAGCCCUGGACGUCCGGAACCAGUUACGAUGGUACUGUGAGGGUAUGGGUUUAAGUCUGACGUCCUGUGGCGAGGACUUGACCGCGUUCAGGCGAUGUUUAGCGGCGUCGUUCUUCCUGAACGCGGCUUGCAGGCAUCCAGAUGGAACGUACAGCGCCUUGGGUAGUGGGAAGACGGUCUCCAUCCAUCCCUCGUCGGUCAUGUUUGGCGGGAAACCCGAUUGUGUUGUCGUCGACGAAAUGGUCAGGACUAAUAGGUUGUACAUUCGCAACGUGUCCCGCAUCGACUCACUUUGGUUGGUCGAGUUUGCUUCGCAGUAUUAUAGAAGGAAAUCCGUGACCAACCAAUCCAACGGCCGGGGAUUACAACGGCGCCAGUAAACGAAAGAACAAUACACAUUGAUAUCUGGUCCCUCGAAAUAAAGAAGAAACUGUUAA